AUGGCCGAGGAGGUAAUCAAACAGGCUAUCACUUCAACAACUCCUGCAUCGGCUGAGUCGAAGAAAGAAGAUUUCCCGGUAAAUACCACUGAAAAUACAGAUGGCAACAGUUUGCCAGCCUUUCUGAGGAGGAAAGAGAAGCCAAUCCCACAUUACCAGAGAGCAUCCACUGGCUCAUGCCAUGACAACUGCAAACUUGGUAUUCAUCAUUCUUCCGAGUCUAAGAAAUACUCGCCUGUUCGUGGCUGGCGUCAGGACCGCACGAACGCCAGGAAUGGAACACAGGACCUGGCUGUAGUCAUCCCACAAGGAGACAAAGCAAGAAAGAAGAGUCAGACGCUGAAGAUUUCUCAUGUAAAAGAUGGCGCUGCUCCUGCUAAGCCUGAAUUUACCAAGCAGAAGCCAUCACUGAAAGGAGUACCUGGUCGUCUUGAAAGGUCUCCAUGUGCAGAGUUGUUAUCAGAUGAAGUAUCUGGAACUGUUGUGGCUGGAAACCAGCCAGAUUGUGCGAAGUGCCUCAUCAUCUCACUUGAUGACUUGUCGAGCUGUGGAGAUGGACAAUUGUCAGAAGGAGCUGUAAGCAUUGAGCUGGAUAUGCCGUUGGCCAUCCAGGACAGGGAUGAGUCUGACGAUCAUAGUACGAAUCAUCCCGCAAAUGACUCUGUAAGUUCAGUGAACAUGACUAAGCAGACUGUGAUGGCAACAGAGAAGCACAAACAAGAUAAGGACGUGACUAAACCACAGAGCUUUUCCCAGGAGUCUGUGAAACCAAACAGGAAAGCAAGGUCGACUAUAACCAGAAACACCAUGCCAAAGCAGAAGAGCGAAAUAACAUCGCAUGAGAAGGCUGCAGGUACAUCAGCUGGAAGCGCCGAUGGGCCAAGGACAACGGCCAAAAAGGCAGAUCCUAGCGUUCCUAACAAGUUCAACAAGGAGAGGAAACUUAACUCCAUUGUCACAUCAACUCUUCCAAGAGUGAAGAAAAUCAAAGCGCCAUCACCAGCUAGCGUGAUGGAUUCGUGUGCCAAACCUGCUACAAAUGAACAUGCUCCAUCUCCAUCACCUCCUUCAGGGAAGGAGACUGAAAGAAAGAUUACACUUAAUAAUGUUGCCAAGAAUGCUCAACUUUGGCAAAACAAGGGAGAAGAAAAGGUUACAUUGAGUCCACUGAAGCUGUCUCGUUCUACGGUGAGAGCAGUCAGGAAAGAAACUUCUGCUUCCCCAGUGAAGAGUAAGAAGUUUUAUGGGAUAGAAAGUUUUUCUGGGUGCAAGGAUAAAAUAACGAAGACAGCUUCGCCAAAAACACGAAAACCAGACGUUAACAACAAAGAGAGACAAUCUCGCAAAGAAAAUGGGGCUAUUGCAAGAACUGAAAUUGCAGGAAGACCAAAGAUAACAUCCACGCCCUCAGGCGUCAUCAUGAAGUCGCCUCGCAUGCUGAGGUUUCGCCGUGGCAAGGUGCUGAACCUUGGCAGCAACUCUGACAACAGCACUCCCAGACGAGUACAGUUCAGGCCUGCAGAUGCUACAGAUGACGGCAACGGAAGCAAGUAUCCUGCCAGACGCAGAAUCACCAAGAACAAUGAAGCUAAAGCCUCUGCUGCAUCAAAAGAUUCAGGUGCUUCAAGAGCUGAAGUUGUUGUCCUGAGGCAUCAGGGUGCCAAUGACAAAAAGAAGAGCGAGCCGCGAUUAUUCAACAAUGUGAUCAAGGAGACCGCGAGCAGGCUCGUCGAGGCGAGGAGGAGCAAAGUGAAGGCCCUCGUUGGCGCUUUCGAGACAGUGAUCUCGCUUCAAGGUAUAAAGCAAGGCAGACCCAGGACGCCCAUAUUCUCCUGA